AUGGGGGCUUUGAAGAAUGCAGAUUGGGACCCCCUCCUUCCCAGGGCUGGCAAGAGGAAGAAGGCCUCGGCCGUGCUUUCUCGACCGAGUACGCCGGCCGUGGCCGUACCCAGGGUGGCGGCCCCUCCUUUGGCCAGAGCAACGAUCGUGACUUCAACCGCGGCCCCAACCUCCAGAGCGCCGGCUAUGGUAGGGGCGCAAAAAACUUUGGAGCAUAGGACCGUGCCAUCCGCCCCACCGGCUCGACCGAUCGCUCCCAUUGCCCCGGGUCGCAAGAAGGAUCGAGAGGCCUUAAGUACUGAGGCCGCGCCGGCCGAAAGUGUUGCGGUUGAGACGGCGGUGUUAGAGCGGCCGAGAAAAAGGGUCCUCCUUGUUCUUUCGGAGGGCGAGGACGAGGAAGAAGUCCUUCCUGUGAUUGUGAGUAAAGCCCCUUCCGUGACCGGCGAGGCAGUGGCCGAGGAGUUGGCCGAGGAGGUGGCCGCCGCCGAGGUGGCGGUUGAGGGGCGGCCACUGCUGAGGUGGCAGAAAUGCUGGAUGCCGAGGCAGCAGUUGCAGAGGUGCCAGCCACUGAGGAGGCCGCCGCGGACAUGCCAAAUGACGAAGUCCUUGCUGUGGAACCGACGCUGGCCGCCCUGGUGGAAGUCCCUUCGGCCGCCUCUACCGUGCCUACCUUGGCCAUUACCGCCCUCCCCGGUCGUCGCUGCUGCUAUCCACGGUAGCUAUAGCCUCAACCACUAUGUCCGAAUUUUUUGA